UGGACGAUUGCGAGUGAUCACCGAUUUUCAUCCGUUUUUACGUGACAGUUUCCCAGCGGUGCUGAUAACGACAAAAGCCCUGUCGCCUGUCGCGGACUUUGAAGCCUUGUAGCACAUGUUUGAUCACCGCUUGCGGAUAUUCCCCAGUCGAUUUUCAUUGGCUCGUUCGAACGAACCUUAACGCGCAGACGGUAAGCCGGUUAUAAAGAGUUCCGGCUGCGUUUGGACAAACGCAUUUCUACUCACGCACUCAUAGCAACCAAACCUCUGCGACUGAUACACAGAAAACGAACAGGCAACUACAAACACGUAUAAUUUAAGGUGCCAGUCGUUAUUGACCUUCGUGACAAUCAACACGUUAAGAAAACCUAUAAUUUUGAAGCCGUUUUCGAGUUUCCGGAAAUCCAAAGAUAAUGACGGCGGAAGUUGCGCAGUUGCCUCACAUCGAAGUCUUUCAUCGUUUGUUAGAACUUCCGGUGGUGGAAAGUGCCAUAUCCAAAUCAGCGGCAACUUAUUCCCGUGUUAAAGACUCUCAUCAACUGGUACAUUGGACUUUCUCCACUGCAGAAUUUUCUUUGAGCACUGCGACUAACAAAGCUGUACCCACUGUUGCUCCUAUCGUGAAGAAACUCGAGAACCUCAUACACUUUGUCGACCACACGUUGUGCCUUGGUCUCGACAAAAUCGAAGAAAAAGUUCCAUUGGUCAAAGAGAAACCUGAGCAGAUUUUAGAAAAUGCGUAUAUGCUGGCACUGCAAACCCUUUCUAAUAUUUCGCUCGUUAAUCAUUUAAUUGUCUCGCAAGCGGUAAACUUGAGAGAUAAGAGUUGGAACAAAGCGAAUCAAAUUUUGGAAACUCAGUAUGGAAGUGCAGCUGUCAGAGGUAUCGAUAACACCGCUGAUAUUGUUGAUAAGCUGAUCGAUAAAUAUUUUCUUCCGACAGAAAAUGAAGUUGCAAUAGAUAUAAACACGAACGAUGAAGAUAAGCUGCUCCACACCUUGCAUACAGUCAGCCGUUUAUCCAAUAAAGCAGCACGUCGAGUGUAUUCAAACAUAAUGUUUCACUUAAGGGUCCUCAGCAUAGAUAAUUUUAAAGCUUACAUUAGUUCUGUGGCACAAUUUUUACAAUUCACAAAUUACCUUCAUACUUUAAAGCAUAAAGAAGAAGAGAAUACGCCUAACAUGAAUAAUACUACAAACGCGGAAGCGAAGAAAGUGAACUGAUCAUUAAAAUGGCAGUUCAUUGAAGAAAAAUUUCUGUGAACACCAUUGAUUUCGUAUUUAUUUCCCGUAUGCAUUAUUUAUUUCAGUAUAUUGUACGUUUAAGAAGUAUUUAUAUAAAAAGAAAAUCUAUAUAUCUCCAUCUUUUCGUAAAAUCAUUUUUG